UGCGCAGUUCACUUGCGGAAAAGGAAACCGCAUGUAUUGUUGACUUUUCAGCACAAAGAAAUAUUUGGUUUCAGUUGCAAGCAAGAAGAUAUCCAUCCGAAGUUGUCUUUAUUUCCUUUAUGAUGUGAAGUGAAUGUAACAUAUUCUUGAGAUACGUCAAAUGGAGUAAUCACCACAUUUGCGGAAGUGCAUAUACCGACUGUCGGUUGAAAACUUGUCGACCGGGUCUAGUAUUCUUCCAAGCAGGAAUGGCUGAGGCGAGUCAGUCGGAUGAUGACUUGAGCAUUCCCAGGGCUGCUCUGAACAAAAUGAUCAAGGAACUUGUGCCAAAUGUUCGUGUCGCCAAUGAAGCAAGAGAACUGAUUCUCAGUUGCUGCACGGAGUUCAUACACCUCGUGUCGUCAGAGGCGAACGAAAUCUGCACUAAACAACAGAAGAAAACAAUCUCACCUGAGCAUGUAUUGAAUGCGCUGGACAGUCUCGGGUUCGGAGCCUACAAGGAGGAUGCACAAGCCGUACUGCAGGAGGCCAAGGCCGUGGCGGCCAAGAAAAGGAGAGGCAGCUCCCGCCUCGAAAACCUUGGUAUUCCAGAGGAGGAGUUGCUACGGCAACAACAGGAGUUGUUUGCAAAGGCUCGCCAGGAACAGGCGCAGAGGGACCAACAGCAGUGGUUUCAGAUGCAGCAGGCUCUUCAACAGCAACAGCUCUUACAGCUACAACAGCAACAACAGCAACCUAUAGACAGUCAAGAGGACUAUUCCUAGGACAGUUUCCUUGUCUCCCCUGAGUUAAGAUGGCAGAGACUGUCAAGGAGACGUGGCAGUCAUGUGAUAAUUCAAUAUUCCAUUUGGUAUCUCCUACCAGAUGCAAGGUUUCCACUCCAGGUCACCAUGGAUGCAGGGUUUCAGCAGCCUGUAACCAUGGAUACAGGGUUUCAACUCUGUUGUCAUUACGGUGGAUUGCUAUUCCCAAAGACUGCGUACAACACAAUAGAUCUUUAGGACUGACUUAUCUGAAGACCUUCAGUCAAGUUUCUUGUAAGCCUUCUUGUAUCUCUCUGGGAUGCAAACAUUUUUGUGUGUAUGACAAAUUGUGGGUUACAUUGAUGCAUGUAUUUGUUUGCUUU